GGAAAAUAUCACUACUCGGAAAGCACACUAGAAGAAUAAAUUCCGCUGCCUGGAAUGGAAACAAUAUUUUAGCUCUGGCUGGGGACGAUAAAACCAUCACCAUAAAUUCGUCUGACGGUGAUCUUUUGAAGCAAUGCAGUGUUCGUGACUUGCCUUCAAUGAUAAAAUUCGCUGACGGAAUGCACGAUGCUUCCACCAAGGCUCGGGACAAUACGGUUCGUGACCAUAAGGAAGGCCUUUGUGAUGUCGCUCUCUCUCUUACGCUGAAUCGAUGUGCCACCGCUGGUGAUCACUGUGUUAAGAUACAUGAUCUGGUUAACGUUCGGGAAUUAUUAGCCAUCAUUGAACUGGAGGAGGAUGGACAUAAUAAUGAAACACAGAGGACGGGUACAACAGUACUCCGGGACAACCGUGCACCUUGUCAGCUACAGUGGUCAGAAGAUGGUCAGCUUAUGGCUGUAUCUACAUCCAAACAGCUCCUUCAUGUGUUUCUCAGUCAACUUCCCACGUUAGCUGCCACAGCUACCCCGAGGACAACCAACCUAACGGCGCGAUUGACCUCGCUUCUUGAAGUUACGAUAGAACCGCUCCCGUUCAAUAAUCUGAGUGAUCAGAUGCAGUCGGUAUCAGCCUUCUACCAAACUCCUCAAACAGUUAAGGUUGAGAUGGAACCAACAUUUAUUGGAUUGGGACCAAAACACCUAGCAGUGGGGAUGAACAAUCAUGCAUGGUUUUAUGAACUGACGGAAACCGGUAUUGAAGCAGUAUCUGAAUAUGAUUACCUGGACGAAAUCAACUCAAUUUACCUCAGUGAAAAUUAUGCAGCUGCCUGUGGCCCAAGCGGAAGACUCACGCUCCAUUGGAUUAUUUGUCUGUUUCGGCAGAUUGACCCCAAGUUGUUCCCAACGAAAGAAAGUACUAAAAACAAGGAGGAAUCUCAAAAGUAUCUUCUGACUGAAAGCGGAAACGACGAGUUCGCAAAGAAGCAGUGCAUAUUUCCCGACCCAAAACUGGAAGUUGGUAUGGUUACUGCCUUUCAGUUGACGGAGAACUUUCUGAUUUAUGGUACAAGCACGGGUCACCUAUUCUACUUUCAUCUCGACGACUGGGUCCACCUGGACGAGUUUCAUCAUUCUCGUUCGAUCGUUUCCCUCUUUACCUCACCCAGCAGUACACGAGUAGCUGUCAUCGACGAUGUUGGCGGUGCGUUCAUUUAUAACCCAUUGAUGAACAAUGCGAUCGAACUGCCUGACUUUCCUGCUUCCAUUACACGUAUACUUUGGGAUCUCGGUGAAAAAGAAAAUCCGCUGCUCGUUGCCUGUGACGAUACUCGCAUGACUGUCUAUCGUUGUUUUGCCAACGGCCACUUGCUUAUCCGAGCUGGAAGUUUAAGUGGGGACACCCAUACAGGACUUCAUUCGGCUAGCAAGCAAACGGCUUGUCUCCAGCCAGGGCUACCGAAAGUUGCUAAUUUUCACCAAUCGAUCUUUGAACGCUGUAGGGCAGUUGGUGUCACACGUGUUCCCUAUGGACACGUUCCGCUUGCCGUUUGUUCUGGUGAAAUGUGUUUCCUCAACUCAAAUGGUCGGCUGGUCCUCCAAACUCUGGCAACACACUCUUUUCGGCUCUAUCUCACAAGCUCUAAUCAAACUUCCAGCGCACAUGAUUCUCAAGAGGUAGUGAAAGAACCUGCUUUGUCCCCACCACCCAUUGGGGAUGGACCAGAACAGCCGGAAAGGAAAUCUAGUGUUCCUAGAAAAAGGAGUGGGAAACGUGAUCAGUCCAAUAUAGACAUAGGAAAACUCAAUCCGACUGAGCUACAAUCUUCGUUUGAGCAGGCCUUGCGGGUGGGAUGUUUUGAGGACGCCUGUAUAUUUGCAGAUCGUCUGGAUAAUCAGCGGACGUGGAAUCAGUUGGGCAUGGCUUGCCUAAGGGUCAUGCAUUUCAAUUUGGCUGUUCGAUGUUUUCGACGGAGCAACAAUCCCGGACUGGUCCUAUCGAUACGGCGUAUUCAGUCUAUUGAAGAUGCAUACUUACUGGCCGGUUACGUGGCAAUGAUUUUAAAGGAAUUUGACGAGGCUGAGCAAUUGUUUUUGGCGUCAUCAAAACCACAUGCUGCCCUUGAGAUGCGCCGUGAUCUUCUCCACUGGGAGGCCGCGCUUCAACUGGCUCGCUCCUUGGCGCCACAAGAAAUUCCCGAGAUAUGCCGCGAAUACGCCGUCGAAAUGGAAUGUCUUGGAGACUAUGUCAACGCACUGAUGCAUUUCGAACGAGCGCUUACCCCGGUUGAUCUUAACGAUCUUGUGAAUACUGACAGUGACCGCCUGGAAGCUAAUAGCGGAGAUGCAUUGAAUAUUCUAGAGUCAGAAAAUGUCUUCCGUCAGAAGGAUGAAGCGUUUUGGCAAGAACAUAUUAUGCUGUGCAACGCGGGAAUUGCACGAAAUGCUAUUCGACUUGGUGACUGGAAGCGUGGGGUGCAGCUUGCCAAAGAAAGUGGAAACGCUGCGCUUCAGAAGGAAUGUGCGGAUAUCCUUGAACAAACAAAGCAAUGGCAAGAAGCCGCAAGCCUUUAUGAAACGGCGGCAUGUUAUGAGGCAGCCAUUACGGUCUACCUGCGUUGUAAGAACUUCCGACGAGCUGGUGAUUUGUUGCGACGUGUGGCAAACGCGCCUCGUUUGCAGCUGCAAUAUGCGAAGGCACGUGAGGCCGACGGGGCAUACAAAGAAGCGGUUGUUGCUUACGAAGCCGCUCAUGACUGGGAUUCAGUUGCCAGACUCCACCUGGAGAAACUUGGCAAUCCAGAUGAGGCAGUACGUGUUGUGCAGGAAACCAAGAGUGUAGAAGGAGCCAAAAUGAUUGCAAAGUACUUUACACGAAUCAACGACCAUGCUUCUGCUAUUCGCUUCUUGGUGCUUUCCAAAUGCGUUGAUGAAGCGUUUCAGCUGGCGAGGAAGCACAAAAAAAUGGAACUGUAUGCUGAAGUGAUAGGUCCUGAGGCAAAUGUCAGCGAACUCCAGAGCAUCGCGUGCUAUUUUGAAAACGAGAAGAACUGGUACCUUGCAGGAAAGUUUUACCUUCUGGCCAAGCAAUACGAAAAAGCCGUCGGACUUCUUUUGCGGGCUCCCUACUCUGAAAACAGCCCAGCACUGGAUUUGGCUCUGGAAGCCGUUGGUCUAGCCGGAGACACACGCCUAACGCACUUUCUGAUUGUUUACUUGAUGGGUGAAGCCGAUGGAGUACCUAAAGAUGCGAGACAUCUAUUUAGGCUCUACAUGGUACUCAAACAAUACAAAGAGGCCGCCCGCACAGCCGUCAUUAUUGCGCGCGAAGAGCAGACAGCCGGAAACUAUCGCAGCGCCCAUGACCUGCUUUUUAGUUUGGUGCAAGAACUACGCCAACGUGACCUACGAGUCCCAUCAGAAAUGGCCGACAAUUUGGCCUUAUUACACUCGUAUGUGCUUGCCAAGGUACAUGUAAAACAUGGUGACCAUUUACGUGCUGCUCGAAUGCUCAUUCGUGUUGCGGAAAAUAUUAGCAAAUUUCCAGCACAUGUGGUCCCUAUAUUAACGAGUACCGUAAUCGAGUGUCAAAAGGCCGGACUGAAGUCAGCAAGUUUUGGUUAUGCUGCAAUGCUUCUCCGUCCAGAGUACAGAGAGAAACUGGAUCCGAAACAUCGCCGCAAGUUUGAAACUUUGGUUCGCCGACCUGAUCGUAAAACGGAGUCCACGGAGGAGGAUGCUGAGAAUAGGAAAACAGAGCAGGAGGCGUUCACACCUUGUCCACUAUGUUUCUCUCCGAUAACGGCAAGCAGUCUAUACUGCACAGAGUGUCGCAUAACAUUGCCCUACUGUAUCAUCACAGGAAACCACGUUAUACGAAGUGAUUUCACCGUCUGUCCGAAUUGCCAAUUUCCUGCUAUUUAUAGUGAAUUUAUGAGCUACAUAGAGAAUACUGAUUCCCCCAACUGCCCAAUGUGUUCUGUGAAAGUAGAACGUGAAUCCAUUCGUCGGAUACUGGAUCCAAGUAAAACUCUGGCCGCAUGGAUCUCGUCGACGGAGGAGGCCGAAAAGACCGGAGAGGACGCCGAAAAUAAAUCGUUACCACAGGAACCUACAAUUUGAUACCAGCUUUUCUGUCCUUGUUCUGAAGCGUUUGACCUUAAACAUUCGAUUAAAUGUUGUGAAAAUAACUUUAAUUUGAUCUGACUUACUGCAGUUUUUGCUAACAGUUGACCACAACCCGUCUUGAGCAAGACGGUCAGGCAUUUUCGGGCAGUACAUUAACUUGGGUUUGACUUCCGGUUCAAACAGUAUUAAUGCGACUUCCAAUCGGUUAGCUAGAUUCCCUUUGUAAUCUACAUCAAGCUAUCAGAGCACCGUCACAUGAACUGUAUACUUGCAAACUGUAUGUG